AUGUUGGAUGCUGAUGUGCACAACCCGCUGGCCGACAAGGUCUCAGACUGUGCCACAGCACCUCGUGUUGAUGAUGCACAGAUGCAAGAGCUCCAUGGUGGGAAGUGGGAAUGUGCUAGAGGAAGCCUAUGGACCAUCACUGGCGCAAGGCUGGGUUACUCACCUGGUGGGUAUCAUAAAAAGGCACUGUCGAUUCGAGAUGCUUUGGUAUCAAAGCAGAGAAAGAUGGGGAAUGUUGGGGACGAUGGUAGAUGGAUGGAGGUGGAUGAGAUUGAAAGGUAA